AUGUUUGUCUGUCCUAAAUUCCGGAAUACUAAUUGGCGGCGCCAAAGUCUUCUUUUGGACCAACAGUCUGCGGGAGAGCUCCUCAGAAAUUCUCCUGGGGGUUACUUCUGUCGGAAGUGUGGGAACAGUUACUCGAGACUACACUCGCUAAAUCGGCACAUUAAAUUUGAGUGUGGGGUUGAGCCCCAGUUUGAGUGUCCUUUGUGCCAUAAACGCUCCAAACACAAGCACAAUCUUUUGCUUCACAUGCGAACUCAUCAGAAACGCUAA